AUGGCGGGCACAUCGGGCCGCAGAGCUCCUUACAAGGACACUUUGCAGCCAGCCUUGCAUAGGCGCUUCUCCUCCACGGCAACCCUCCUGCUGGCCGUCUCCUACCUCGAAGCCGUGCUUCUGGCGACCUGGAGCUCUUACUUUUGGUCUUGGUUUCCGCUUGGCCCCGCCGGCAUCCGAACGGCGCUCAUCUUCGCGUGCGGACUCGCUAUUCUCAUCUUGCGCAUAGCUCACUACCAUGUUGGCCUCAAAACAACGGCCUCUGGGCUUCACACCCUUGGCGCCGCCCUGCUGAGCCUGCAGACAUAUGAGACUGGUCUUUGGUACGGCGUCUCGAGCCUGUUCUUCUGCCCCGUCUUCCUGUCAUCCAUGUCAAAGACGGCGAACCUUCAGUGGAUCACCUACUUUAGCGGCGAUCGAGCCAGACUCAACGAACGGCCCAUUUUCUUGGCUUGCUAUCUGGGAGCGUGCGCACUCUCGCAGACGAUAUGGCACUAUAGACUCGACGUGGAUCGUCUCGACCUUGGAUUGCCGAAGCCGAAAACCGACAAUCGUGAAAAGGAAUCGGGGGCGCUGUCAGGGUCCUUGCAGACAGCCCUGAUGCAGCUUCCAGCGGUCUUUGCUGGAUGCGUCAAGCAAGCCGUCUCAGCGCUCUUCAUGGCCUUGAUACUCUACUAUCUGUUCCUGCGGUCGUUUGCCUGGGGCUGGGCCCUGACCUUCUUGCGUCCGUUUUACAGCCUGCCCAAGACAAGCAUGCUCCCGCCCUCGUGGCCCACCGAUGUCUUCCUUCUCGCUCGCUGCAUCUACGCCGGCGUUCUCUUGACCUUUUUGUGGUCGGCGGGAAACACGGCAUUCUCCAUCUUCAUGGUCAGAGAGCCGCUGAAGAACGGAAAGCCUUUGACGUCGGAAUCCAAAGACCCCAACGGGAGCCUAUUGAACGGCUUGAAAAGCAAGAAGCUCUCCAUCAAGUCAUUCGCUAUAUGGGAACUGGCGCUCAUUGCCAAAGACUUCGAAGACCGCAGGCAGGCCAUAUACAGCGACAUUGACCGAAAAGAUGGACCUAUGUGGUCGCAAAUCUACAUAAUCUGCAUGGAGCUAUUGAAGAGCAUCGAGUCAAGGACCGACGACUACGGAAAACCGACUGCGUCAGCGGCUGUCGAGCCCGCUGCCGCGGCGCCAAGGCAACGGAUAUCGGCACCGUUGCGAGAAGAUUCGAUCCUGAAUCAGAGGGCCCAAGCUUCCGGGCUCGUUGGCGGAGUGGACAAGGCCUGGGACCAGCUUGCUCGGGCCCCCGGGUCCUCUCCCAUCUCCGAGCUUAGCCCACUGGCGAGAAAGACGUGGAAGAGUGCCAAGGAUUGGAUGCUGAGCAAGGAGCAGCAGCAGGCGCUAUCACCUGACCAUAUCAAGGGUGAAUUUGAGCAAUGGGCCGCGAAUAUGGUCAAGAUUGAGUGGGUUGGGUCGCUGUUGCGACAAGACUUCCGCACUCGCUUUGCGGCCGCCGUGCUGGGCACGCCGCAUGCGGAACCAACACUGUACGUCCACGCUGUGCAAGCGCUCUGCCAGUUGGCAGUUCACAGUCUGGCCGAAGACGAGUUUGGUAAUGUGCACCGGGAUGUGGCAAGCAUCAUCCGCACUUUGACGGCAGUGAUCCGGAAGGUGGAGGCGCUCAAGGCAGGAUUCCCUAGCCAUUGGACGGACCCGUCGGGCGGCAGGGAAAGCCCCGAGGUUGAUGGACUGGUGGAUGCCUUACGGACAGGGCUGGACCAGGUCGUGCGCACGUUUGAGCCCUACAGCAGUGACCUUCGACUGUCGCGAGGUGAUGUCCGGCUGGCAAAGGAGGCGGCGGUGAAGCCAAAGGAGGUGGCGCCCGCAGAGCCCGCACCACUGGCCAAGGAGGCGGCGGGUAAACCAAGGAGCCCCGAGGAGAGGAGGAGGUCGGAACCCAGGAGGACUCACGAGAGGGCGCAGCAGAGGGUCGAGAUGGAGCAAGUCCGGUAA